ACACUCCAGUUAGUUCAUUUCUUAGUGUACAUGUAACACCAGUGGAGAGAAUGAAGGAAAUACCACUUUAUGUCAUUAUCGUACUGCAUAUCUGGUCCUACAAAGUUAAAGCUCAAGAAUCUGGAAAAGGCUGUCAAAGACCCCAACUGGACAAUGGCUUUGUUGACCCGGAGCAGGAAAUGUACCAGGAUGGCAUGACCUUGACCUAUGCCUGUGAUAGAGGUCUGAAGACACCAAUGGAAGGGUGGUGGGGGAUAAUCAAAUGUGAGAAUGGUAGAUGGUCUGAUAGUCCUCUGUGUAAGGCCAGUCGUUCUUGUGAUGCGCCUCCUCAAGUGGACCAUGCAACCAUCGUUCAACAAUAUCAAAACAAGUUCAGAGAUGGAUCAAUAGUGGUUUAUAAAUGCAAGAAAUCCUUCAUGAUGGAGGGGAAUGCAGAUAUAUUAUGCCUUUCAGGAGAAUGGACCUCAGCCCCCACAUGCAAAAUCAUGGAUGGAAGCAGCUUACACAGCAUCAGACCCACUAGCAGACCCGUUAGAGUUACAACAGGUCAUGAGGCCUUGCGGAAGUGUAGGGAAGGCCAGUUUCAGUGCAAUAACAGAAGGUGUAUACCGACCAUCUGGAGGUGCGAUGACGACGACGACUGCUCCGACAACAGCGACGAGGAAAACUGUGGUUACGAAAAUGUGGAUCCAUAAUGGGUAAGUUUUUGUGCAUCCCUACACGGUGGAUUGCAAAACUCGGCUAGGAACAAGAGAAGAAGUGCAACAAUAGAUUGUUUAGGAUAUAACUGAUAAAGUUGCUUUUACAUUUGGGUCAUGAUAUAGAAUAUGAUUUAUAGCACAAGUGGUUAAAAUGGAGGGGAGCAGAGUACGGUUCCAUCUUGAUCUCCAUCAUCUUAGGAAUGGAUAGAGAAAAUCAUUUGGAACAAUUCUACAAUUCUGAAGUAAUUCAAGUUGAGGAUAAUAGGACAUUGUCAAAACAGUUCCCCCACAUCACAUCAGCCUCUGUUGCGGUUAUACAACUGUUGAUGUACUGUGUGUUGGACAAUAAAUGAAGGGGGGUCUUGGGGCUUCGGGGACAAAGAAAUCAUCAGCAAUACACUUCAUUAUUCUCAUCCGUUCGUGCUGUGGAGAGGAACAAUGGAACGAUCAGUAAAAGUAAAAUGACUUGUGCUGUAGAGAACUGCUCAUGACUGAAUUAAAUGUAGAAACAACACUGAACCUUUAUGUCAAUAAAUGAUUUAAAUACAGUAAAUGAAUGUAUACGUGGGACACUAUAAAUUAUCUUCCUGUAUCUUGCA